AAGUCUUGGAGUAGAAAUGUCCAUCAUGUUACUUGAUGGGCCUAAACUUGAAAAUUUUGGAUCAGCUAGAGGCUUGGCUUUCUUGUAUGCACACCCAUCUCUCAAUGCAGAUUUUAAAAAGUUUUAUGAUGUGGGCGAUGAGAAUGAAAAGAAGACCUAUACAUACAAGGAUUUACAAGCCGUGUUUAACGAAGCUUACGCUGAAGCAGUAAAAAUUGACAAUGCCAGAGUACCAUACUUGAAUGGCGCCUUUGAAAUAGAAGGACUUCCUGAAGGUAUCAACUGGAGAAAAGCAAAUGGCAGCAUAAAAAAACCGACAGAUUAUGGUCAUGGUCAGAUACAAAAGAUCAUGGAAAAUCACAAGAAAAUAAAAUUUCUUGUAAAAAUCAAUGAAUCACAAGGAGCAGGGAUCGGUGUGAAAGACAAGGAAAUAGAGAUUCCCCCAUGUCUUUUGAAGCUCGUGGAUGCAGAUGUCGCAGAAAGAGCUCUGAAUGGUAAUGGGAAAAUUUCUCAAAACGAUCUUAAUGUUAUUGUCAAGUUACGAGACGAGGAAUCAAGACUAUUGCUGCAACAGUUUGGCCACUUCUUUGAUGAAAGUGCCAUAAAUAGCCUACUUAGUACUUUGUCCCUUGAAAGAGGGGUUAUUCUUCCAAUUUACACAAAAAGAAAAGGCAAGUUCUGGCUUUUCUAUUAUGAAGGAAAUAUUUCUGAGAUUGAUAAUGCAGAAAUGGAGGCAUCCAUCCCAGGAAAAUGGUUAGACAACAAAACUGGAAAUAGAUACAAACUUUUGCCACAGCCAACCUCAAUUAAGAAGUUGAACAUAGUUUCCGAUAAAGAUGGCUUGUUGUUGUUUUUCUGUCAUUUCUUUGAGGAUGAUGAUGACAUUGUUGAAGUCAAGAGUGACUUUGUGAAAGAUGUACAGAUGUCUUUAAAAGCGUUAUCUGAUUAAAUUUGUUAGUCUUAAAUGAUAUGUUGAAACAUUUUUGUAACCAAUUGAUCUUACUAUUUGUUACCUUAUUAAUUAAUAAAUUAAUAAUUAAUAACCUUUUUCAAAUGUAAUGAAUAUAAAUGUACAGAUAUUAAAACACAAAACACUAACAUUGGUUAUUCGUCAAGUCGUUACUGAACAUCGAGGAACGAGAUCCUAAUUGCCUUUGCGUGUGCCAGUUUUUACUAACUUACAACCUUUUAGUAAUUCUAGCAGACAAUAUGUUUUGUUAACAUCUGCAAAGCUCAGAAAGACACUUCUUUGUUGAUAAAGAAAAAGUCAUUUUGACAAGAAUUGAAGGAGAAAGGUCCAAGGAUUGUCCAAUGGUGUACUCCGUUAGCGACUAGCGGCUAGUAUGAAAGUAGCCACUAAGAUUCACCGUUUGUUGUCUGUCAAUGAAAUAAUUUUGUAUUAAGCCUAAAAAGUUUACACCAACACCCUAAGCAUUACAUUUGGCAUCUAGUAAAUUGUCAGAAGGCAGGAAAACAAAUGUUUAAAGCUGAAAUAGUAAGGACUGAAAUAAGAAACUAUAGCUAAAUGAUCCAAACUUCAAAAAGCAAUAUAUAUUCAUAGGAGAUCUAAAACAACAACAAAGAAAGAAUAGAGCACUUCAUUAGAAGUGGAAAAAUUCAGCCAACCAGCAAUUAAAAGGUAAAGGUAAUUCUUGAUCAACCAACCAGCAAUUAAUAAACAAAUUUUGAAAGUAAGCAUAGAGUAAGUUGAAUGCUUAGAAAUAAAUAAGAAUAUGCAAAAACCCCAACUGUCGCAAUACCAAAGUCGAAACCCUAUCAAGGCAAUAAUAUAUGAACUUGGACUUAUGUUCAUGUUUCAAUAAAAAAAUGAAGACUUCUGUAUCUAUAUAGACCAAUAAUCUGAAAACUGUUGUCUAUGUUUUGCGCCACUUUUUGAAAAUUGAUGGAAGCAGUAGUUGACAUAGAAAGCAAAGAAGGCUUUUAAGAAGUUAAUUUUAUGUCACGCAAGGUACUGUGAAUUCAAUUAUAGUGAGCAAUAUAGUUUAUCACAUGUGCACCACAACUUUAAAGGCGCGUUAUGUAAAUGAUUUCAGGUGCCGUUUUAACAUUUUUUUAGGGAAACAAAAAUGCAUUACGAACGCUACCAAUAGCCUGUUUCCAGCGCCCCGUCUCAAAGGAGAUGAUGAUCCGAGCAGGCUUCGUGUGUUUAUCAUAAGAUGAAAAAUAUGCUGAUUGAAUUAUUGAAAUAUUACAAUGUGUGGGGAAAAGAUCUGUUACCAGGGCAUACAGGAAACCAAUAUAGUCACUUGAACCCAGGGGUAAUUCAGGCCUAUGAAAUCUGAAAGGGCUAGUUGUGGGCCAUAUGGAGAUUGGAGGAGGAGGCAAACUUAUGGAGGCAAGUUAACUUUUUUCAAAGGGCUUUUAAUUGGAAUGUUUUGAAAUAGAUUUAUAAAAAAACCGAAAAAUAUUUUCAUCGUCAUCAAUUAUUGAUUCUAAAAUCUUGGGCCAUGUCGCCUUCUGAAAUCGAGCCUUCUGAAAUCGAGGCCGACUUCAUCCCUGUGAGCAUCAAUGGCUUGUAAAUUUGGUAAAAGGUUCUCAAGUGGCCCUUGCUUAAUGCACAUUAAAUUAUUGUCGUCGGAUCUGUAGAGACUGUAAGAAAUAUCCUUGGAAUUUUUAUUUGACGAAAGGGAUUGAACGACCAAUGAAUAAAACGAAAAUCUCUGCUUUUGACAAAUUUUCUUAUUUUGGCAUCAGUGAAUUCUUUUUUUUUGGUGGUGGGGGGGGGGGCGGGGGUUAAAAGAGAAUUUACGGUAACUUAACUAUCAUAACUGAAAAGUAUAUCGAUAAUAAAUAAAGCAUCAAAAAGGCAACCUUCGUUUGUUGUUUUGAAAAUUUAUAUUUCUUAAUGUUAAUUAAGAAAAAGUUUUCAAAAUCCAUUGAAUCGGUAUGUGAAUGCAUAACCAUAUAAAAGUUGCAACAGAAAAAUCUCAAUCGAAGUUGUUACAAAAAUUUCUCAAUUUAGGAGUUUUCGUAUUUUCAAGUGUAUAUACGAUUUAUGGACAAAAAUUUACCAUGAAGGGUCUGGGGUGAGACAGGAACAAACUGCUAUUUUUUCUUGAAAAUGGUAGAGAUUCAGUGAGAAAACUCUAAAAAUCGCCAAAUAUUGUCUAUAAACAUGUACCGUUCAAAUUGGGACGGGUCUGAUACAAUUUCAGGACAAAUUUGUAAAAGUCGAUUGGCAAUAUAUUUUUCAUAACAUUUUAGAACAUGAAAUAUCCAAGUUUCCUUCGAAAUUCUUGCAUUUGCCCAAUAAUCCAAGAUCUUUUGUUUAAAACAAAACUUUUUCGCACUUAUAGAAACUAAAGUGUCUUUUUUUGAGAAUUAUGCAGUUUACAUACGAUUUAUGGACACCAAUUUACUAUAAGGGGUCUGGGGCGAGUCAGAAAAAACUGCUAUUUUUUCUUGAAAAUGGUAGAGAUUCAGUGAGAAAACUCUAAAAAUCGCCAAAUAUUGUCUAUAAACAUGUACCGUUCAAAUUGGGACGGGUCUGAUACAAUUUCAGGACAAAUUUGUAAAAGUCGAUUGGCAAUAUAUUUUUCAUAACAUUUUCGAACAUGAAAUAUCCAAGUUUCCUUCGAAAUUCUUGCAUUUGCCCAAUAAUCCAAGAUCUUUUGUUUAAAACAAAACUUUUUCGCACUUAUAGAAACUUAAGUUGCUCUUUUUGGAGAAUUAUGCAGUUUACAUACGAUUUAUGGACACCAAUUUACUAUAACGGGUCACCAAAUCAAAACUCACACCAUGUCUCUUCCAGUCUCGACAGACCCGAAGACAAAGAUUUAAUGUGCAUUUAAGCAUGGACCAUGUGAUAGCCUUUUACCAAAAUACAAGCCGUUGGCACCCCGAGGGAUGAAGUCGACCUUUUCGAAUGCUCGAUUUCCGAAGGCGACAUGGCCCAAGAAGAUAUUUUAAAAUUAAUAAUUGAUGACGAUGACAAUACCAUUGAUACAGACGGCUUAAUUUUUUUUUAUUUCGCAAAUAAAAAAAAUUAGUUUACCACUGUAAAUGGUUUUUUAUUACAAAAUAUUUAUUAAGGGCCCCUCUUUAAUUUAGUCCCCCUCUUUUACAUGCUCCUCUUUAGCGUCGAAAAAUAAUAAGCCCACCCGAGGGCUUAAAAGAGAAUUUACGGUAUUUUUAAAUCUUAAAUAACUGAAACUCCGCGUUAAUGAAGGAAUUCGUCAACUAGCAUUUGCAAACAAGCGUACAACGCGUUUACCGUUUAAGUGCUAGUUCUUUAGGAAAUCGUAUCUUUUUGAUGAAUUGAAGUAGCAGAUAGUAAGUAACAGUUUAAAAUUUGAAGAAGUUACUCUCGCAACUGAUUCUUUGGCCACCUAUCUGGUCAUUAAAAGUUCAUCGCAUUUCUUCUAAAUGCAACUAUUAUAAGUUGUAUAUUAUCUUUAACACUUUCUAGUAUUAUUUGGUUGAUGUUGGUUUGUUGUUGGAUCAUCGUAUUUGGUAGAGCCAUUAAUUGCAUCUUGGUGCUUUGAUUGAGAUGUUUCUGGUCGUGGAUUCCCGAGAACCAUACGGUUGUGGAUGGAAGACAGGAUAAGAUAGAUGACAUUUUCUUUUUGUUUCUUUGGUUCUUUUCAUUGCUGUAAAAAUCUAGACUGUAGUGUUUAGGACACGGCUUGCUCAAGGGCCGCCACAUGUCCCUUUCGACUUCAACACUGAUAUUCUCCUUCCUUCUAUUUCACUAGAAUAUAACCUCUAUUUAAAGGCUUAGUCAGUCCUAAACCUUAACUCUCUAUUAGAAUGGUUUAUGAAUUUUGAUAGUUGAAAAUAAAUUAUGAAUAUUCUUUUAAAUAUGCUUUCAAAAAAACUGUAAUACAUUAGCAGAAAGUUUUUGAAUUCAUCAAUGAUGCAUUGGCUAUUUUCCUGAAGUAGAUGUUUUUUUUCCAAAAUGAGGAUCUUCAACAUUAAGGCCUCAAUGUUUAUGUUGUAAGGUGUAAUCAAAUCGUAAAACUAUACAGAUAGGAUAUUGCCACUUGUCAAUUAGAACUCAAAAGCAUUUUGAAGAAUAAAUGUACAACAGCAACACAACGACUCUCGAGGAAUCAUAAUUUUAAAUUGAUACAUGUCUGUUUUCAAGUGGAAACGUCAAGAACUGAUAACAAGAAAAAUAUUGCACUUUGCUUAACUUUAAACCAUCAUAAUUUAAACACGAAUUCCCUUUAUAAUAGCAAGUUAAAAGAUCAUUAGCUAAUGUUCAAAAUUGUCAUCAAUAUUCUUCGUCAGAUUCAAGAGGAUGAGCUGUCUUCACUCUCUUCGGUGUCUUCCCCUGGUCUGUGUUUAUGCCAUACUUGAACCAUGUAUUCCGGUUCUG